AUGCGACGGAGCGUCUGGAAAAACUAUGGUGACGGACCGGCACACGGCUACCGAGCAGCAGGAGCGUCCUCUCUGCAAACGCCCUCACCACCACCCCGCCCCACCUCGCGCCCUUUGCCCGCCCUCCGCCGCGAGACAGGCGCGUCCGAGAGUUUCCGCUCCGACUCGCGUAAGGACCCGUGGGAAGGAGACUGGACACACGGGGGUUCUCUCGGCUCCUGGGUGGGCGGACCGAGGGCGAGCCGCAGCGGGAGCCAGAGCUCCGGAGCCGCGCCAGGGUCAGCUCCAUUCCCCGAGCCGCAGCGAGGCCCAACGUGCACUGAGGGGCGGGGGCUGCGUACCAGGCUGUCCCUCCAGGCGCUCCGUACACGUCUGAACCCCCCGUGCAACCGCAGAAACCGCCACACCCCUCAGCACUCUACUUCCUUCCGGGCCCGGCGCAUAGAUUACGUCAUCAAGCCGCGCAAACCCCUGCCCCUACCCCCGGGCUCGUCCGCCCCGCCCCGCCCCCGGGAGGCGAGCGCAGUGGUCGGAGGUGCCGCCAGGAGGCGCCCGCGAGCCGACCCGGCGGCUGCUGGCGAACCUGGGAUUGCGGGUUUGAGGAUGCCCGCUGUGCAGAGCAGGUACCAGCGCGACGGAGCGGUCUCGUCCCCUGCUUGCUGCUUUUCUGCUGCACCAGUCAGCCGAAUGAAAAAAUGAAAAAAACUUUCAGACGUGCAGAUUAUGACGUCGCUAGUCACCAGUCCUACUCUGAGCUGCUCUUUAUACUUUGCUGAGAGCUUUGUUUAGCCUUGAGGUCCCCACAGCAACAUGAGGUAAUUAACAAGGAAUUAUUGCUCCGAUUUUAAUGAACGAAAUCUGAACUCUGUGAGGGUCAAGGCCAGCCACAGUCAUUGAAAGCUUCCUUUGCAUUUCCUUAGUAGUUGGGGACUCCCUGCCUUGGUUAACACCUGCCACGGUGAGUGAGCUUGUGUCUGCCAGACCCACCCAGGGACACAGUGGACCAGGAAGAGAAUCAAGACUUCAUGCCUCCUAGUCUAAGGCCUCCACCUGUCAUCACCCCAAAGCACCGUGGUAUUGGGACAUUCAUAUCCAGCCCUUUCUCCUAUCUUGUUCUGGGGGUGGAACCAAGGACUUUGUAGCCCCACUCUGUCCCCAAGCUCCGUCCUUAGCGGGGAAUUUCUGAACCAGCCACUGAAGUCGUUUUGUUUGAAGACCAGGAACUGCCCACUUUAAUACUAGCUUUUCGUAAACGAAAGAACUUUUCUAUACAGUAGAUGGCCCCUUGUCAAUGUUAGAAGAUUUUAGGGCUCAAGAAAGGAAAGUUCCUCUCCCAAAGUCAAGUUCUGGGAAGUCGGAUGUUUGGAGACAGCAGAAGAAAAACAACCCCAACCCCAGCUACCCAGUGGCUGCAAAAGCAGACAACAGACCCCGUAGUUUCAAAAGCAGCUUGUCUGAGGGAACCCACUAACUCCCCAUUCUGUCCAUUGAGUCCUGCUCCCUCUGCCACUCUUAGCUACGAGCCCUAGCUUGAAGCGUGUGAUCUGCAGUCUCCUGAACUCUGGUCUCUGAGUGACUGUAUCCUGUGUCCUGAUCAAGGUGUGGUCACAGCCUAAGAAGGCACCUCUGUGUCAAAAAAAAAAAAAAGCUGUUUGAGGUCUUAUCUCAAGUUUCUUUCU